ACACGAGAAAUAAUUGCAUUUUUAAGACUGCAAACACGAGGGUUCAUACUGCAACGACUUCUCCCCUGCUGCAAAGCCGCCGGAGCUCCGCCCCUGCCCUGCCCUGCCCUGCCCGGUGAGAUCCCUUCUAGAGACGGGAAUACGGUUUACGAGUGCGACAGGAGUACAGGAGUGAAGAAGGAGCAAGGGAAGCGCUCCCCGAUCCAUUUGGAUUUGCUCCGGCCAGCGGCGGGAUGUCGUUCCUCUUCCGAGGCGGGUCGCGGCAGCGCUCGUCGCCGCAGGAGAUCGUCCGCUCCAUCAAGGACUCUCUCGUUGCCCUCGACACCAAGACCGGCGCCAAGGCUCUCGAUGAUGCUGAGAAAAACAUACUUACGUUGAGGCAUAUGCUUUCUGGUGAUGGAGAAGUAGAACCAAAUCAAGAGCAGGUUUUGCAGAUAGCCAUUGAGAUUUGCAAGGAGGGUGUUCUUUCCCUCUUUGUUCAGAAUCUUCCUUCCUUGGGUUGGGAGGGUAGAAAGGAUCUUGUUCACUGCUGGUCUAUUUUGUUGAGACAGAAGGUUGAUGAAAGCUAUUGCUGCGUGCAGUAUAUUGAAAAUCAUGUUGACCUUUUGGAUUUCCUUGUUGUUUGCUACAAGAACUUGGAAAUUGCAUUGAACUGUGGGAACAUGUUGCGAGAAUGCAUAAAAUAUCCUACACUUGCAAAAUAUAUACUGGAGUCAAGUAGCUUUGAGUUGUUUUUCCAGUAUGUUGAAUUGCCAAACUUUGAUAUUGCUUCCGAUGCUCUGAACACAUUCAAGGAUUUGCUAACCAAACAUGAAGAUGCAGUCUCUGAGUUUGUGAGCUCCCAUUAUGAACAGUUUUUUGGACUCUACACAAGGCUUUUAUCUUCAACUAAUUAUGUGACAAGAAGACAAUCAGUGAAGUUUCUUUCGGAGUUUCUGUUGGAGGCCCCAAAUGCUCAAAUAAUGAAGCGGUACAUUUUGGAUGUUCAUUACUUAAACAUUAUGAUUGGUCUGCUGAAGGAUUCAAGCAAAAAUAUCAGGAUAUGCGCCUUCCACAUUUUUAAGGUAUUUGUUGCCAAUCCAAACAAGCCUCGUGAGAUUGUUCAAGUUUUGGUUGAUAAUCACAGAGAAGUGUUGAAGCUACUCCACAAUCUCCCCACAAGCAAAGGCGAAGAUGAACAACUUGAUGAGGAGAGAGAUUUAAUUAUCAAAGAAAUCGAGAAGCUUGUGCGCUUAUCAGUAUAAACCCUCAGUAAACUCAAAUAUAUCCUUGUGUUUCAGGACAAGGCGAUAUUUUGAAGACAUCCUGUGUAAUAUGCUCCCCUGUAUAGAGUAUAGACUAUAGAGGUUGUCUUUUUGGGGAAUGACUUUGUGGACAUGAUAUACUGGUACACGGAAAUCGCAACAGAUUCCAUGUCCAGAAUAAUUUCCAUUUUCGUGUGGUACCAUCGGGAAUUAAUCUCAUGCUUACAAAGUCUCACAAGGUUUGCAUGUGAUUCAGGCCACAUAGUGAAGAUUGAGCUGCUGAAAACACAUUUAUUGAUUCAAAUUCUACAUAAGUGUGGACAAUAAGAGCUAGAACAGUUUCUCUUUUUUUUU